UGAUGUUGGUGUAACUUCAAAAUUUGACCAUAUUAUCAGCACUUAGGAACCAUUCUUUUCUGCUUUUGUUGUGCACUUGUACACGGGGUAGAGAGCUAUCUGGGAUUCAGCCAUCUGCUAAGAUGUCAGUUAAGAUGACUUAAUAGCAAUGAACAGAAGCAGUGUUGUGGAAGAAGGAGAUAUGUGUGUGUAUCUGACACCGCACACACUGACACACCAGCUAACAAUGAGUUAGUUAGAUGUUAGUUUAUCAGCAUUGUACAGAAGACGCAGGGCGUUGGGAGGGUGGAUUAAGACCUUAAAGAAGGGACAGCUUUCCUUUCCGAGCCACCACCCCAGAGUUCAUUCAUUAGCAGGGUCUGGAGACAAGUGCACUUCAUCUUAAAUAUUUAAACUAGCUAAAGGCUUAUGGGAUAAGAUGGAAGGGCCAUUUAAGUGUAUACGAGAAGAAAAUGGAACAGUCACUCGGAUUAUUCGCAUCGGAACCAGGAAAAGCCAGCUGGCUCGGAUUCAGACAGACAGCGUGGCCGAGAAACUGAAAGAGCUCUAUCCAGACUUGCAGCUAGAGAUAGUUGCCAUGUCGACAAUCGGAGACAAAAUCCUUGACACUGCCUUAUCAAAGAUUGGAGAGAAGAGUCUGUUCACCAAAGAGCUGGAGAAUGCCCUUGAGAGAAACGAAGUGGACCUUGUUGUGCACUCUCUAAAAGACCUUCCUACCUCACUGCCUCCUGGUUUCACCAUCGGUGCUGUUCUCCAACGUGAAAAUCCUCAUGAUGCUGUAGUGCUUCAUCCAAAGAAUGCUGGACUCACUCUGGACACCCUGCCAGAAAAGAGUGUGAUUGGCACGAGCUCACUCCGCCGAGCGGCACAGCUGAAAAAAAGGUUCCCACAGCUGGAAUUUGAAAACAUUAGAGGCAACCUGAAUACUCGUCUGAAGAAGCUGGAUGAGAAGGAUGACUACGCUGCCAUCAUUCUGGCUGCAGCUGGUCUCAAGCGCAUGGGCUGGGAGAGCCGUAUCAGUCAGGUUCUGGGUCCUGAAGACUGCAUGUAUGCUGUAGGCCAGGGAGCGUUGGCGGUGGAAGUGAGGGCAAGAGACAGAGACAUUCUCAAGAUGGUGUCCAUCCUCCACCACCCUGACACUGUGCUGCGCUGCAUCUCUGAGAGGGCUUUCCUCAAGCAGCUGGAGGGAGGCUGCAGUGUACCUGUCGCUGUCCACACAGAAGUGAAGAACUCGGUGCUCUAUUUGACAGGUGCAGUUUACAGUCUGGAUGGUGCUGACUGCUUGAAGGACACCAUGCAAACCAACAUCGAAUUAGAUAACAUGGUGCACGACAGCGCAGAAGAGCGCGCUCAUGUCGGAGUCACAGCCAACAACAUAUCGCUGAUGGCUCUGGAUGCUGCAGACAAGCUGGGUGUUGAUCUUGCCAACCUGCUGCUCAGUAAAGGAGCCAAGGACAUCCUUACCACGGCCAGACAGCUCAACGAUGUCCGAUAACAGCUUCUUUCAGCCGCCAGCCAACCCUGAUCCACAUGAUAACACUGCCAACAUGAAAAAUGCACACACACAUUCAAAGUGAAGGUCAGGGGUGUAAACAGUGCUAUUUAAAUGGAUGCAACAGAAUGAGUGUAUGCCUCUGUUUACCAAUGUCAUCCCAACACAUGUUUUCAGCACUGAAUGCAUUGAUGAUUAUAUUUAUCUUCAGUACUUUGACAGUACUAGAACAAACCAUGUACAUGCUGAUUUCUUGAUUACCAUGGCAAGUAACUUUAACUCAGGUGCACUCAGGAAAAAGAGGUUCUUUGCCAAGUUAAAGCUUCCCAGACAGGGUUUUUACAUGUAACCUUUUUGAGUGUAGCUGGUGGUCAGUAGGUCUGAGUUCUCUUUAAUAAUAUUCUAUGCUGAAACCAUGGUUAUAUAAACAAAUCAGAUUUAGUGAGGUUGUACCUUUUAUUAUUUAGUCAUGAAGCAGUUUGCAGCUUCAUUUAUUCUCUUCUAUGUCGCCUGAACCUAUACUUUAUAUCCUCAUUGCAGUAAUACUUGGUGUCAUUUAAUUUUAGCACACUCGUGCCUUCCAGUACUCACUGCUGCCUCUUAAGAGGCCUGGCACAGAUUAAAGGUGCCCAGAUUUUCAGUAGCCAUCAUUAAUAGUGUUAAAGGAAUAAAUCCUUUAAAUGUGAACAAAUUUCCUGUUUACCAGCCAAGAUCUCUGGUGUUCAGAGUUUGCUUUUUUUUUAGUUUCACACCAUAGCUGUAAGACUAACACAGCAACUACAGUUGUACAUAAAUUUAUAAAUGAAGCAGAAUGGAUAUGCAUUUUAAAAUUUAGAUACUGAGGUUUCAAAUUGCUGCCACUAAUCCAUCCACUUCAUCCAUGUUUAUAGAUAACAGUAUGUCACAGAAGGUUGGGUGUGUUUGAGGUCACUACACACCACCACCACCAUAAUAAUAAUAAUAAUAAUAAUAAUAAUUAUUAUUAUUAUUAUUAUUAUUAUUAUUAUUAUUAUUAGUGGUUAGCACUGUUGCCUCACACCUCCAGGGUUAGAGGUUUGAAUCCCGCCUCCACCCUGUGUGCAUGGAGUUUGCAUGUUCUCCCGGGGGUUUCCUCUGGGUACUCCAGUUUCCUCCCCAGUCCAAAGACAUGCAUUGUGGCUGAAUUGCAUAUCCACAUUGUCUGUCGUGUGUGUGUGCAGUUUUGCCCUGCGUUGGACUGGCACCCCUGGUCCAGGGUGUCCCCCACCUAGUACCCCGGAUCCCCUGGGAUUCCAUCUAUCCAUCCAUUCCUCCAGAAUUCCUCCAUUCCUCCAGAAUGAAUGGAUGGAAUAAUAUAUUGUUCUGACAAUCUACCAGCUGCCAAAACACAGGCCAAGCUGAUAGUCUGACUUACUAGUCUGAAUUACUUCACUAAAUGAAUCAGUACAUAACUGAGAUUUUCAAAUUUGCCUUACUGUCGUGUUAUUUUCUUAAAGAGUAACUUGUAGCAUUAGUAGUAGUAAAACAUUACCAUUUCACAAGUUCACAAGUUGUUUCCUUUCUACCAGCCCUUAACAGCUAGCAAAGGCGGCCUGUGAUUUAGCAGCUUGUCAGACUCAGUUUUUUCCCCCAGCAGGGUUGUGUGUUAAUUUCAGCAUUGUUUGCAUGUUAAUCAUAUCUCUGCACACAGUGGUAAUAUAAAGAAACAAAAUAUGGACACCAGACAUGUCUUGGCUAUUUAAGCUAAGUAGGAAAUGCAUAAAUUCCACUUUCCCGGAUCAGGUCCUUCAAUGCAAGGCUGAAGUGUGUGCUCAGGAAGUAAAGUAAACAUGGCUGUAAUGUUCUCAGUAGGAAAGGUGCAGGCUGAGAGACUCACUGUUCAAUACUGAAUCAUUUAUGGGUUGGGUCUGAUGCCAGGAAGCUGUUUCUAGUGCCUGAGACGUGCCUUAAUGCCAUAAUACAAUCUGUAAAAUGCAUAAACUACUGAAAAUAAAGAUUUAUUUCUUCACUAUUA